UAUGAACUUCUACAAACCGUUGAAGACUUCAAAGAAAACAGAUAGCGUCAACCAGAUACGAUCUGGCAGCCUCAACACCAUACGCUCGAACACUCUGUUCAAAAAAGUACCGAUAACAAGAUCUGACAUGCAGAACUUCAAGCAGAGGAUAGAGCUGAGCGCGAUGCAGGCAAUAAAAUCGCCUGAUUUGGUCAAGUUGAUAGACAAGGACAAAGUGGCGAAGAACGUUCAGAAUCUGAUGAAGGAGGCGUUGGACGAAAGCGAACACACCCACAAAGUUCCGGUCAUAGACGUGGGUCGAUUCAUCACUAAAUCACUGAAUAUGAAUGUGUCCAACGAAAACCCUACAGUGAUUACUUUCGCGGAGAAGAAAGAUACUGGCGACGCAAAUAAAGGUAGAUCGGACAAUGAAAAGACGGAUAGCGAACCAGAGGUACCAGAUACCACGAAAAAUAAGCAAGCAAAGGCCGAAAAAAUCCCCAAACCUAUCACUAAAAAAGUUACCGUCGAGAAGCAGGUGAACAAAGGUUCUCCAGAAAUGCAGCUAGUGGUUCAAAGCUUGAAAUCCUUACCCAACCACGGUUACACCAACCGAGUGCCUUCCAAAAGCAAUCCAGUGGUCCAAGGUCAAUCCAAGACCACGGGCAGUCUUAUAGCGAAGCAAAAAGUGCCGGUUCCGAAGAACCUGAAUCAGAUUCCGGAGAAGUUCUCGUCCCAAACAGAUAACGAGGAAGCUGCGCCGAAAACUGGAAAGAGCGAACGGCCGGAUUAUGGAAAAGGAGUUACCAAGAGACCAAGCUACGUGAAGACGAGAUCGAACUCCACCUUGAGAACCGGUGGUUUGCCGGCGGGCAACAAGCCGAACCCUGCCCCCGUGGCUAAGCCGGCUGAGGGUCAACGAGAAUCCCAAAGGCGACUGAUGUCCGCACCAGUUCCCUCCUUCUCCUCGGCAUCAUCCAGGAUGCUGUACGGGUUCAAGAACGCCCACUCAGGCAUGGGAGCCUCCUCCCACAGCUACUUCAGCAAGGUGGGCAAGACAAGCUCCGGACUAAAAAAAAACGUCGAUCCGAUAAUCCAGCUUAGGGAGGAGGUCAACCAGGCCAUAAGGGAGAAGAAGACGUUCACGGUGUCUGGACGUUUCCCAGCGGUGCGCAGGGCUCUGGUCAAAAGGGGAUGGGUGGAAAAGUACAGCGGGACCAACAGGGAGAGGCUGCAGAACGAGAUGAACUCCUUGAAGAACAGAUCUAUAAACCAGCUGGUCGAUCUACUGCAAGUGAAGGACCUCAACGAGAUAUGCAAGAAGUUGAUCAAAUCCAAACUUCUCGGCAACCACCAAGUGGAUCUCUAUUGGGGACACAAUUACGAUUCGUUCAAGUUAAACAACGACAAGGUGAAGCUGACGAAAAUCAACAAGUUCAGGAGAGACGUCUUCAGCUACACGAGCAAGCAGGGGCUGAGCGAUGCGGCCAAAAAUGCGCAUUGGUUCAAUUUUCCAGGAUUGGCGCACAUAAACCAUCCAAGGACCUACGCGCUGGCCAAGAAUGGGGAAACGAAGGAUUUUAUUAAGGAUUUUCGUCGAACAGCAGCCAUGUCCCUCUUAAAAUGGAUAAUAAAGAGUCACGAGACCAAGGAGUGUAAGAUAAUAAGCUUUUCCGGUAAGAUACCAUUGGAAGCCUUCCAGUUCGCUUGCAACGAGUGCUACAAGCUGGUGAUUGAAGCCAACAACCAGGACAUCGAUCAACCUAUCAAAGACGCUAUGGACCACGAGUGGUCUCAGUUUCUGGAGUACUACUAUAAGAUCCUGCACAUAGGCAACCAUUUCAAAGCGAGCAAUACGGAAACCGAAGAUACUAUAGUUGAGAAAUCGCAGUAUCUCAUCAACAAACUGAUACCGCACUAUCCUCAUCUGAGGAUGGACGGUACCAUGAAUAUAUGGAUUCUCAAACCUGCGGUCGGUUCGCAAGGAAAGGGCAUACACAUUUGCAGGACCCUGCAGUAUAUCAUGAACACGGUUAAAACGAAUGUUAACGUCAGAUAUAUAGCGCAGAAGUAUAUAGAGAGGCCUCUUCUGAUAUUCAACACCAAAUUCGACAUAAGACAGUGGUUUUUGAUCAGUUGCGCGCUACCUUUGACAAUCUGGAUGUAUAAAGAAUGUUACCUAAGGUUCAGUUCCCAGACCUACAAUCUUCGAAAACUACACGAAUCGGUUCAUCUAACGAACAAUUCCGUGCAAAAGCAUUACCAGAGCACCUCUCACGAUAUCACUUUGCCCAACUACAACAUGUGGGACUCCAUCCAGUUCAAGAAUUAUCUGUCCAACAUCGGUUUCCCAGAUAUCUAUAAAAGGGUCAUCUACAAGGGAAUGAAAGAAUGUAUCAUAGGAGCGGUGAUGAUCCACCAGGAUAAAAUAGAUAAGAGAAAGAACUGCUUCGAGUUGUACGGUGCAGAUUUCAUGCUCACCGAAGACUUUCAGCCAUGGCUGAUUGAGAUCAAUUCUAGUCCAGCUCUGUUUGCUUCCACUCCGAUCACUUCCAGAAUGUGUCCACAGGUGUUAGAGGACGCUGUUAAGGUUGUUGUCGACCAUGCAGCAAACCCAAAAGCAAAGACAGGAAACUUUGAACUUAUCUACAAACAGCCGAACUUGAAUUGCAACAAUAAUGCCAACAUGAACACCAUGAAGAUCAAGGGAAAACCCUUACCCAAAGACUAUUUUUGUCUGGAAGAGGAUAAAAAUGCCAAAAGAAUACAACCUCUAUCCAUCACUGAAACUUUACAACUUGAGAAAUCUUUAUCGAAAUCAAAAUCAGACGUUCUAACUCAGGGAGUGAAAGAAACUUUGGAGAAUCUGUUGAAGUUUAUACAAAGCGAGAAAAAACGAAGACAAAAGAAAACACUCGUCACCAAAGGUACAGAUCCCAUUAUUUCUAUGAAAGAAACAAUAGACCAGAAGAGAAGUUCCUCUACUAGUACUAGUCUUUCUUUUUCAAGCCUAAAGUCUAACUUGAACCUCUUAGCUGGUUCUAGCCAGAUUUCAUUCACAAAGGAGGACGAAAACAUGCUAGAUCAGGCCCUGAAGAUGCUCAAGAACAAAAAAGAUGGCGAUGUAGUGAGAUAUUUGUUGGAAAUUGUGGAGAGAAUCACUAAUCAGAUAUCCCAAAAUGAAACGUAACUGUUUUUGAUAUUUAUUCGAAUAUACUACAAUAUGUUAAGUGUUUAUUUUCACUUUCAAUUGUUUUACAUCGAAACACUCCAUUCUAUAAAAAUAGUCGAUGAUUACAAUUACUUUACAAUUAUUGCUUGAGAUUGAAGAAGGAAUAUGAUUGAUAUGUAUAUAUUAUAUAAAUUGGUUUUCA